CACUCGAUUUGGACCCGAAUUCAAUUUAGUGUCGUCAGAUUUACGGGUAACAUAGAUGUACACUGAAAGCAGUAAAAAAAUGUUAUAUUACAAACAUCAACGAUUACCAGGGAGAAACUAAUUGUGUAUUAUUGCAUCGUCCUGGAAUCAGCAGUCUCGGGUAGAUUGUGACAUGAGUAUCAUUUAUUUCAUUGCAGCAAUAUCCUUCUGCUCGAUCAGUGACACAACUGUGCAUUGCUACCAAUGCAGUGCCAUCUGCACAUCAAAUACACACGCCUGCUUUAGGUGUCCCGUUAACUGUACCGACCCCUGUGAGUUUGUGUGCAGUCCGGGGUGCCUUCACCAAACAUGCGAGUAUCAGCGAGGACAGCUCAUAUGCUCUGAGGGAUGCCAAGAUGGGCGAGCAGGGAUAUCUUGUCAAGAGUUUUGUCCACCUGACUGCCAAAGCUGUGAUCAGUUUACAUCGGAGUGCAAAGAAGUAAUUGGGAGUCCUAAAAGAACAGGUGCCGCAUAUUCUGAACAUCAAUGGCUUGUAAUAGGCCCUGUGUUUGCUGUCAUUCUUCUUCUGGCUGUUGCUGCGGGGCUUUGUUACAAGAGGAGGCGAGCACUCGGACGUCUCAACAGACCACUUGCCAUUGAAAGACUUGCCAUGUCAGGGGAAUCUGGGCACGGGCCUGCAAUGGAGGAAGAGGAUGACCGAAAAUUCAUAUCAGAGGUUACAACUCAGUCAACUCCGGGUAGAGAGUACGAAGAUGUUGGUAACACAUAUGUUGAAAGUGUGCGUCCGGAUCAGUUGCAAGGAGUUGCCCCUCCUGACCUCACCCAGAGUAAAGAAGAUGGGGAGAAGUACAAAUAUCUGACGCCAGUCCCGCUGAACCUGCCUUGAGAAAACGUUCCUGCUGCUGAAACCAAUUUUCACAUUUGGGCAUACCAGUGCUUUGACCGUUGUUGUGACUAAAGGCUAAGAAUAUAUAUGUUUUCAACUCUGUAUGUUGUGAGGCUCCAUGUAACCUACACAAGAGGCGGUUUAGUAGCCUAGUGGAUGUGGUAGUGGAAAAUAGUGGAUUCAUCGUGUGUCAUUCGUCAUGCAGUCGGUUGCUUUGUCAUAGAAAUUUCCAUGGAAACUCACACAAUUUGAUCAAGAGGUCUAAUCAUAAUGUGUCAUACGUUGAAGGCCAAGGAUUGUGUCUCCGUUGAAAUAAUCCAUAAACAUUUCAACGAUUUCGGGAUUUACGCGACCUUUCUGAUGAGACUUGAACCACUUCAACCAAGGGGAGGAUUACUGGCGGGCUCCUUUUUCAUCACCUUUCACUUCCAUGUGUUGUAUAUAUCUUAAACAUAUUCUGUCGACCAUAAGAUUUCAAUUAUUUCCGUAAGGCAUAUUACCUUAUCAAACAUGUUUUGAAAAUCCGGACAUACAUCAAGUCCAUCUCAUUGGCUCAUAUAGAGUCAUGAGAUUAAAGCCGAUAGCCCGUAGGUUUAUAGUAACCAGGAUAAAUCAACGAUUAAUGGAAAAGGACAUGGCAUCUAGUUCAUGGCCCUGGACCACAUCGACUCGUGUUGAUAUAUCAUACCUAUUAAAACUUUGAUGGUGUUGCAUGAACGUUUGGGAAAAUAAUUAUCUUGUUAUUCCUACAUUUACAUAACUGAACCUUAAUCUUUCCACACUGCAGCAAGUCUGAUUAGUAAUAGUAGCGUUUGGUAACCAACUGGGUGAUGAUGUAUUUAUACUCUGACGUUAGACAACAUCAUAACUGUAAAUAUAUGAAUGUCUAAAUUGUCACCAAAAUUUUUUUUCGAAACUGUGUUUAGUAUUUGUUUAGUAUGUGUUUUGUCAUACUCUGACGUUAGAAAAAAUCAUAACUGUAAAUAUAUGAAUGACUAAAUUGUCACCAAAAACAUUUUUCGAAACUGUGUUUAGUGUUUGUUUAGUGUGUGUUUCUUUAGUAGUUUUAGAAUUCUAUUUGCCUGAGACCAGUGUUACAUGUUCAGUACUUAACAGGUAGAAGCGUUCUCAGACAUGAUAUAAUAACGACAUAUGGCAAAACUUGAUUGCAAACAAUGCAUAUGACUUCUCCUACUAUUGCCUCAAUUAUUAUCUUACACGGUGUGGGGGCACGGGUGGGCCAGUCGUC